AUGCGUUGUUCACAGAAGGCAAUUAAGAUGGAGGAGGUGAAACCACAUUAUAAGAACAGUUGUUCAGAGAAGGUUCUUUGGAGACCUGACAAUGUGGAGAACCUGCGAAUCGUUAAGGGCUCUGGUGUAGGAGAGAAACAACAUUUUCUCAGUAUGUCUCCCAGGAAUACAAGUAGCAUUUCAAAGAAUAAUGGUUUGAGGAGUUACAUCCAGACACGGAUACUACCAAAGAUCCUUGAAGAAGACCAAGUUACAAUUUAUGAUAUGGUGCUCAAGUUCAAGAAUCUACUGUGUCUUUUAUCCCAAAAGCUUGUGAAGGCCAUCCAACAAGCUGUACCAAAGGGCUCCUACAACACAGUGACUGCACUCAGUAAACACAACAGCAGCCUUGACCAGCCCUGCAGCAAGCGAAGGUCAGCAAUGCAUGAAGCAGCCAGACAAGCCAAAGAUAUCGCAGCUCUGCUACAGAGUCACAGAGGCAAUGCCCACCUGAGGAACACCUCUGGAGUACCUUGGAGUGUUGCCUCCCGGUACGGUCACUAUGAUGUGUUGAAGCACCUAAUCCACAACGGUGGUGAUGUAUUUGUUCUGGUGCAUGAUGGGGGCAUCCCUGUUUUUGAGACAGCAGGAGGGGGCAAUUCUAAUUGCAUUUCUCUCCUGCUGAAAUAUGGAGGAAAUGGAAAUGUGCCUAGCAGAGCAGGUCAUCUUCCUAUUCACCGAACUACCUAUAUGGGACAUUACCUUGCACUGAAAUAUCUUAUCCCGGUAAUGUCUGAAAAUGCUAUCCAGGAAAGUGGAUUAUCACCAGUUCACUCAGCAAAAUGUGGACAACAUGUACAGUGCCUAGAACUGCUCAUUGGAAAUGGUUUUGAUGUCAAUUCUCUGCUUGCUGACCACAUUUCUAAGAUCUAUGAUGACAUAAGGAAGACUGUGCUGUAUAUCACUGUUUCAAAUAAUGAUACACAUUGCACCAAGUCCGUCCUGGCUGCAGAUGCAGACCCAAACCUAGAUCCCCUCAACUGUCUACUUGAGGCAGUGAGGGCCAACAAUCAUGAAAUUAUCUGACUGCUUCUCUCCCAUGGAGCUAAUGUCAAUAGCUAUUUUAUGCAUAUAAAUGACAUAUAUUUCCCCAGUGACAUUCAGUAACUCCUCAAGGAUGAGGUCAUGCUGAGGCUGUUGCUGAAUAAUGGUUAGCAAGUGGAGAUGUGCUUUGUCUGAAUGCAUGGAGUCAUCUUUGGAAAUUCAUUUGUGUGGCCAAGAUAGAGAAGGCCACCUUGGGUUACAUCCUUUUCUUCUUCAUAUUGGUUCUGUGAGUUUAUUAUAGUUACUUGGAUGAAGCACUUGGUCGGCAGCAUUAUUCAUAUAUUGAUAGAAUCCCUGUGUGCUAAACUGAAAUCUGCAUGAGGAAUACAGAGAGUCUGGCCAGAAACCUAUCAAAUACUAGAGAAUCCUUGCUCAUUAAAGCAUACGUACCAUUUGAAAAUUCAAAGACUUGGACUCCUGUGACUCUGCCAGCCAGCCUCGAUGGAGAAGCUUCCUCUACCACCAUCCGUUCAAAGAUACAUCUUAUUUAAACAGUAUGAUCUCUAUGGACAAAAGCUAAAACUUCCAUAA